AUGGCUACAAGCUCGGGAUGGCGAUGUGGCAGAUGCAAGCUUACGUGCAAAGCGAGUGCCAGCUUUUGCCCCAACUGUGGGGGAGCUUGGCAGCAGGUGGCCGAAGGACAGCCACCGUACGCCUGGGAGAGCCAAUCGGGUGCCCCCUGGCGCGAGGAGCCAGCUGGCUGGAGUGGAUGGGGCUCCUACCAGAAACGGGCUCAGUCCCCCAGAUCGCCCCGCAAGCGGGGCAAGGGACGAGGCAAGCCUGCCCAUGCAAGUCAGAAGGGCAAAGGCAAGGGCAUUGUGCAACCAAGCCAGGCCGCAGAAGGAGCUACCAGUUCGGUGCCAACGCCACCGAGCACGGACAGUCUGCCAGCACCUCCGACGGCGCCGGCAGCGACACAUCCGCGAAAGCCGACAGCCGACGUGGAGCACACGCAAGAGAAGCAACAGCUGAAUUCGCUGUUGGCUAUGCUUGCGACGUCGUCGGUGGAGUUGCCGGAAGCAGCUCAACAGAUGGUGGCUACCUACCAGCAGGCAAUUUCACAGACUACGGCCAGAACGCUCCACAGAGCGGUGACAGAACAGACGAAGGCGAAACAGGCCUUGCACAAGGUGCAGGCCAACAGAAUCGCCUACAUGACCGCCUGGAAAGAUUACAUCACGCAGGUGACCACCAUGCUGGACACACAAAUUCGCGAGCAAGCUCAGGUGCUCGCCCAAUUCGACGAAAGCGAGCUUCAAUGGGCUCAAGCGGAGCAGGCGGCAUCCCAAACCUUAGCCAAGUUGGCUGUGGAAAAGGAAACAGUCGAGGUGCCGGACAACAGCAGCGAAGAGAUGGAGACCGCGGAGACCACAGUGCAGAAUGCGAUCGAGGAGGAGGCCAGACUUCGGGCUACUUCGGAACAGCAGCAGCAGGCGUCCCGCGAGCUGAUAGAAGCACUGGGAAAGGUGCGCCACCAAGCCGAGGAACAGCUCCAAGCUCACCAAGGCAGAGAGAGCUCCAGAUCGCCGCGACGCAGAGAAGGGGCCGGCGAUGGCAACAAAGGCAAGCCGGCCGGGCAAUCAGAGCAGGCAGCUGGUCAACCUGCCUUUCAGCUUGGAUUGUCGCCUUUGGACCCUGGCAAGGCCCACGCGUAG